GCCGGGGCUCGGGGAGGGCCUUCGGGAGUGCGCCCGGGGCUCGAUGGGCAGCUGCGCGCGUGCGAGGGUGCAGUAAGCAGCUACGAGCGAGCGAGCAAGCUAGCGGUGGGCUGCAGGUCGCUGGCUGGGGCACGAUGAGACCCGGAGAGGAGCGGCCCGUGGAGGGGGGCGCGUGCGUCGGCGUCUCGGAGCUGGAGCUGCUGAAGCUGCGCGCCGCGGAGCGCAUCGAAGAGGCGGCCGAGCGGCUGUGGGCCCUGAGCCGCGCCAUCUGGAGCGAGCCCGAGCUGGCCUACGAGGAGCACCAUGCCCACGGCGUCCUGACGCGCUUCUUCGAGCGCGAGCCGCCGGCCGCCUCCUGGGCGGUGCAGCCGCACUACCAGCUGCCCACGGCCUUCCGCGCCGAGUGGGAGUCGCCGGGCGGCCGCGCGCAGAGCGCCGCGCCGCGCCCGCUGCACCUGGGCUUCCUCUGCGAGUACGACGCGCUGCCCGGCAUCGGCCACGCCUGCGGCCACAACCUCAUCGCCGAGGUCGGGGCGGCGGCCGCGCUGGGCGUGAAGGGGGCCCUGGAGGGCCUCCCGGGAGCGUCUCCGCCGGUCAAGGUCAUUGUCCUGGGAACCCCUGCUGAAGAAGAUGGUGGUGGCAAAAUUGAUUUAAUUGAAGCAGGGGCCUUUAAAAACCUUGAUGUUGUUUUUAUGGCCCACCCAUCCCAGGAGAACGCUGCUUAUCUACCGGAUGUGGCUGAACACGACAUGACUGUGAAAUAUUAUGGAAAAGCGUCCCACGCUGCUGCUUACCCCUGGGAAGGAGUAAAUGCCUUAGAUGCAGCGGUUCUCGCCUACAACAACCUGUCUGUGCUAAGACAGCAAAUGAAACCAGCCUGGAGAACGCACGGUAUAAUAAAAAAUGGUGGUGUAAAACCCAAUAUCAUUCCCUGUUACUCUGAAUUAAUCUAUUACUUCCGUGCACCCUCAAUGAAAGAGCUUCAAGUUUUGACCAAAAAGGCAGAAGAUUGCUUCAGAGCUGCAGCUUUGGCUACAGGGUGCACAGUAGAAAUUAAAGGUGGAGCACAUGAUUAUUACAAUGUUCUUCCCAAUAAAAGCUUAUGGAAAGCUUAUAUUGAAAAUGGAAAAAAACUGGGAAUAGAUUUCAUUUCAGAAGAUGCAACUUUGAAUGGCCCUUCAGGAUCUACUGAUUUUGGAAAUGUGACUUUUGUGGUUCCUGGGAUUCAUCCCUAUUUUUACAUUGGAUCUGAUGCCUUGAACCAUACUGAGCAGUAUACCGCAGCUGCAGGAUCACAAGAAGCUCAAUUCUACACAUUGCGCACAGCCAAAGCACUGGCCAUGACUGCACUGGACGUUAUUUUUAAACCAGAGUUGCUGGAAAGAAUCCGAGAAGACUUUAAAUUGAAACUUCAGGAAGAACAGUUUUUAAAUAAAGUAGAAUGAGAGGAAGACUUAGGAGCCAUUUAUGAAUCAUUAAGAAGUGAUGAUUUUUUUUUCUUUAUAAUCUUUUUUUAAUGAAAGACGGCAUGCUUGGUUUUCAAUCUUAAAGGAGUUAAAUGCCUCUUUUCUAAUAAGUGAGGAUUGGAUGUGGAGAAAUUGUUACUCCCUUAUUCAAAAUGAAAAGUUUUGUAAAUCUCGACUUGAUGAGAUUGUGUGGGUAUUUCAGGAGCUGGUAUGGAAUGCCAUUUCUUAUACAAGCUGGAUGAUGCAAAGUUUACCAGUGGUUAUGUUUUAGGCACUUAUCUGCUAUCUAGGUAUAAGAGCUUUCAAGGCUUGUAGUCAGCAUUGACACCCAUGAAAGAGUUCUUGGUAUUCUCUUCUAAGUAGUUUUACAUUCAACUCCUACCUUUAGGGAGAGUUCAUGUGGAAAACCUGACCCUCUGUUUUGGUGUAGAGAGCAUCUGCAGGUGACUUUUAUUCAGAAAUGCUUGUGGGAAACAGCCAGGAAAUCAAGUACAAAGAGUCAGCUUUGGUUCUGGCGAUUUGAAGGGAACUGAGAACGUUCUUUGCUUUACAUGGAGGCUGACAACCCCAUGUGCGCAGUUGUACUUCCCGUGGCUUCAGUCAGCUAUAGUCAACUGCAGUCCUAAAAUGUUAAAUGGAAAAGAAUCUCAGGAAUCGACAGUCCUCAGUUGUAAAAGCUAUGCGCUGAUGUGAGUAGCAUGGUGACAUCUGACAGUCCUCCCCCACCCCACUCAGGCCACCAGUGAUCUCCGUGCUGCCUGCGCCACCUGCCUGUUAACCACAGGGUGGCCGUCUGGGUUAUCAGGCUGCAGCACAGCGCUUGCAGUCAAGUCACCCUUAUCUUACUUAAUCACGCCCGAAAGCGGAAGAGUGAUGCUGGCAGUUCAGAUACGCCAAAGGAAAGCCAUAGAGUGCGUCCUUUAAGUGAAAAGCUAGAAGUUUUCGGCUGAACAAGGAAAGGGAGAAAGAAUCCUCUACUGAGGUUGCCGAGAUGCCUGGUAAGAACAACUCUGUCUGUGAAAUUAUGCAGAAGGAAAGAGAAACUGGUGCUCAUUUUGCUGUCGGACUUCAAACUGCAGAAGUACAGCCACUGUGCAUAAUAAGUACUGAAAUCCAAGAUGGAAGAAGCAUUAGGUCGGUGUGCUUAUGUAUAGAAAAGAGCAGUAUACAUAAGGUUCACAGUUUCGGGCAUCGAGUGGUCAGUGUUGGACUGUGUCUCCUGUGGAUGAGGGAGGACCACUGUCAUGAGCUCUGAGAUGUGUUCAAGGAAUUCUUGAAUUAGGUCAUGGGAAAAAUUAUAGACUGGCAGGAUCGGCGUCUCCCUCUGAGCUAUUUGCAUUGUAACCCAGGAUGUCCUGGGAGGGUGAGAGAGAGAGAGAAGCACUGGCUGUGCUUUGAGCUCUGCUGUUUUGAAUCUUUAACAUCACACAACUGGUUUUCCCUGCCUUGCAGCUUUCUGGAGUCUUCUGCUGGGAAGCCAGACUGCCCAGCCUGGCUGGAUCAUGCUGUGAUUGGCUGAGUUUGGAAGACAGAAUGUGAGCCUCCUUAAGCCUCUUGCUAGCCCAGUAUUAAUUUAAAAUGAUGCAUUUUUCCUGAUUCUUAAUUUCAUGUGAAUUUCUUCGAGAUGGUAAGAGUGUGAGAAGUACUGGUAAAACCAAUGUUUUCAGCUGUGAAUAUAGUAAAGCUCUGUGUUUUGAGCUGUGACUAUUACAGUUUUAUUUUAGGGGGAAUUCGGAAAUGGGAGAGUAGGACUUCCAGGAAUGGAGAGGGUAGGAGAGGAACAGGAGCAAGUCCUUCGGGCCCUCUGAGUGUCCAGCUGGCUGUUUGGAGAAUAAGAUUCAAUCACUUAUCCCUUUAUCCCUUCAGUCCUCUGAAAUGUUUUGCCGAGCAGCUUGCCUUUUAAAAUACAGCCAGCUUGCUGAGAAUGAGUCGUUUUUACAUUUUUUUUUUUUUUUUUUUUUGACAGGCAGAGUGGACAGUGAGAGAGAGAGACAGAGAAAAAGGUCUUCCUUUGCCGUUGGUUCACCCUCCAAUGGCCGCCGCGGCCGGCGCACCGCGCUGAUCCGAUGGCAGGAACCAGGAGCCAGGUGCUUUUCCUGGUCUCCCAUGGGGUGCAGGGCCCAAGCACCUGGGCCAUCCUCCACUGCACUCCCUGGCCACAGCAGAGAGCUGGCCUGGAAGAGGGGCAACCGGGACAGAAUCCGGCGCCCCAACGUUUUUACAUUUUUAAAACAGGUCUAUUUGAAAGGCAGAGAGAGAGAUCAAAAAUCUUCUGUCUGCUAGUUCAUUCCCCAAAUGCCCACAACAGCAGGGCUGGGCCAUGCUGAAGCCUGGAGCUGGGAACUCCAUUCGGGUCUCCCAUUGGGGUGGCAGGGGCCCAAGCACUUGGGCCAGAUCUGCUGCUUCCCAGGGACAUGAGCAGGAAGCUAAGGCCGGACUUGAUUCCAGGCACUCAGACGUGGAAUGUGGUUAGUAUGGCACAACACCUACCUGCAGUGUUGUUUUGAAGGCACAGCGAUCGGGUGCUAUGACUAGCAUAACCUAAAAUAGUGUACUGGCUGGCUCUGUAUCAAAAACUUUGCUGGCUCCUAUUCUGUGUAACAAAACAAAACCUGAUUCUCUGACUUGCAACCUAUCAUCAGUUUUCCUAGGAUAAAACUUCAGGCCUCUGAAUGGAAAGCGCUGAGAAAGGGAUUUAGGCCACUGUGCCCUGACCGGUUGACUUUGAGCUGAUGGCGCCUGAGCCUUUUUGUCCUUCCUGGACUUUCUGGUGCUUAGAAAUGUGUUCCUUUUAGCACUGACCUCACCCAAGCAGACGGCUACCCGAGUGCCUUUAGCCUUUGCUCUUUGCAAGCCGGGCUUCUGAUGGUUCAUAUCGGUGUCUGGCACUUGGCACUCCAUGUCACCCUCCUCCGAUUAUUUAUACUCUGCGUUAGUCAGGGUUGGUGUCUGUUUCCUUCAGAAGGGGACAAAGGCAUCAGGAAAAGCUUCAGGCUAAGAAUUAGGUCUGAAACUUCUCAUUUAGUUAAGUGGAAUGAGUUUCCUAACUGCCAACUGUAUAAAUUUCUCAAAUACAAAUUCCUUAUACAGACUCUUAAGGAGUGCAAUUUUAUUUUCUGCAGCCUUGGUAAAAUUCUAGAACAAUGAUAACUGAACUUUCCAACACACGGAUACAGCCUGUGCUUUGUGAAGUGUCACAAGUUACAUCGCUCAUAAAAAGUGUUUGUGUUCUGUGUGUGUAUUAUUUAUUGUUGACGACUAACUAGAGAAAGUUCAAGGUUGACAUAUUCUGUUACCGGUUCACUGGCCCUCUGUUGAACAUUCUUGCAUGGAGGAACAAGAUGUGAAAUUGCAGCUGGGAGUGAGGUAAAGUCUGCACGAUUGCUCCCUGCUGUAACCCAGAGUGAGAAACCCGUCCCCACCUGCCACUAGGAUUCGGGUCACUUGAGCUUCUAUGAUAUUUCUCUUUCCAUUUUUAAAAAAUUUAGUCCGAGUAUGGCUUUACACAUUGGGAUGUGGUCAGGUUUAUCAUGUCGAGGACAAAGAUUGAGAACUGAUGAUCUUGAGUCUUCUCUUGAUAGAUCUAUCAGGAGGAGAACUUACUCUGCUAUUUUACAUUUAUUUUAACAGUUAUUUAAUAUAGUAGAGGUUUUUAGAGGCUCUUUCUUGCUUUAAUUGAACUGUAAAAAGGAUGAAUAAGUCCAUAAACACUGGAGUUUAUUCUGAAGUUCAGAGGAAGCAACCUUUGAGUUUCGGAGAGGGCUGCUUUUGUAAUGGUAAUUUUGCCUUUGAGAAUGAAGUUCUUUGUUCACUCUCCUAAGUGACUACUGAGUUGUCAUAAACAUGUGCACUCCGGGCGGGCGAGUUCCCCUCGUUGGUUGGUCUUCAGGAUUUGGAUACAGUGCUGGAGAUUCUGGAAGAGAAACGCUCGCCCGUAGGUGAACAGGAUGACUUUUAGGUGGGGACAGGUUCCAUUUAGCUCUGAUUCUUGAAUGAUGAAUGCUGAUCUUUAGGAGACUGAGAAAUGAACAGGGUUUUUUGAAAUUUAGAACUUUGUGUAUUGUUUUUGAAGGAGACAAAUUUUUCUCCCAGAAUUAGUUCAGAUGGGGACAUUUUAUUGUCACUUAACAAGUUUGGUGAUUACACAAGGAAUCUUCAAAAAGUUCAUGGACAGUGCACAUUAUCUUUUAAUUUCCAUUUCUGCAGGAGCUUUGUGAAGCACCCUCACAUUACCACCCCCCCCACUAGGUGGUAUAUUUAAAGCCAGUGCCUUUUUAAAAUAUGUAUGUAUGUGUGUAUUUUUCGUCUCUUGCAAUAUCUAGCAUAGUAGCUUACUUGUAAGUAUUUAGUGCUUUUUGAGCAUGUCCUCCUGCUGCCUUGUUUGGAAUCCUCCGAGUUUGAAAUAGCUCUGGGAACAGAUGGUGGUGCUUGGAUGAGUUUAAUUGUGUGGUUGUAGCCGUCUCUACAACUUGGAGAAUAGAAGCGGGCUAGGCUGACUUAGUGCAAAGUUUACAAUGAUACAGCUCUUGAAUCCUAGUUACAGUUUCUGACCUAAACUAGAGGUUCUGGCGGGGUUACUUGAGGUGGCCCUGUUCUUCUGGAAAGCAUUUUAUUAAAUGCCUUGACCACACCUUGUACCAAAAGCCUUUUCCUCAGACAUCAAUAGACUUUAAGAGGUAUAGUCUAAAUGAAUGAUUGAAACAUAAUACCAAAUGGAACAUUAUUUUUCUCUUGAGUGACCUGAUUUUGAAAGUAGGAGGCAAGCAUUUAGCUUGAUGGGUGACACACUGAUGAAGACGCCUGUGUCUAACAAAGCGGUGUCUGAGUUUGAUACCAAGUGCCCCUCCUGGCUUCAGCUUCCUGCUGCUGCAGACGCUGGGAGGCAACACGUGAAGACCUAGAUUAAGUUCCCGGCUCUGAGCUGCUCACUUCAGUCCAGUCUGUCCCAGCCCUGGCCACUCUGGGGUUUUUGGGAGUAAAACCACAGAUGGGAGCUGUUUUGGUCUCUCUCUGUGUCUGCCUGUCAAUUUUUUUAAAAGGGAAGCAAAGAGGCCCAUGCUGUGAUGUAGCAGGUAAAGCCGCCAUCUGCCAUACUGGUGUCCCAUGUGGGUGCCAGUUUGAGUCCCAGCUUGGGCCCCUGCACCCACAUGGGAGACCCGGAAGAAGCUCCUGGCUCCUGGCUUCAGAUUGAUGCAGCUCCGACUGUUGCAGCCAUCUAUGGAGUGAACCAGUGGAUGGAAGACUCUCUCUGCCUCUGCCUCUUCGUAACUCUGCCUUUCAAAUAAAAAUAAAUAAAUAAAAAAUAAAAAGGAAGCAGACCUGUAUAUGGGACCUCUAUAAAGCAAUCAAUUAUGUGGCAUGGGUUAAGUAUUUUUUGUUUCAAGUUGAAUAUUUCUUUUUCUUUCUGUUUUUUUUUUUUCAUUUUUUAAAGAAUGGCAUUGGGGCACAGCUGGUUGAGCUGCCCCUGUGACUCCAGCAUCCCAUAUUAAUAGCAGUUCAAGUCCCAGCUGCCCCACUUCCAAUCUAGCUCUUGGCUGAUAUGCCUGAGAAAGCAACAGUAAGUGGCGCAAGUAGUCGGGCCCCUGUCACACAUGGAGAGGACCUGGAUGGAGUUCCUGGCUUCAGCCUAGCCUAGACCUAGCUGUUGCAGCCAUUUGGGGAAUGAACCAGCAGAUGAAAGAUCUCUCUCCUUCUCCUUCUCCUUCUUUGUCUAUAACUCUGCCUUUCAAAUGAAAAAUAAAUCUCUAAAAAAAUUUUUAAAAAUUAUUUGAAAGGCAAGUGACAGAGAAAGAGAGAGAGAAAGAAAGAAAGAAAUUGAUCUUCUAUUAUGCUUGUUCACUCCCCAAAUGGCUGCAAUGGCCAGGGCUGGGCCAGGCUGAAACCAGGAACCAGGAACUCCAUCCAGGUCUCUCAUAUGGUAGUAGGGGCCCAAGCACUUGCACCAUCUUCUGCUGUUUUCCCAGGCGCUGGAAUUGGAACCAGCACUCUGAAAUGGGAUAUCGGCGUCGCAAGUGGUGGCGUAACCCCUAAGCUACCCCAUUGGCCCUGGGUUGAGUAUUUCUUAUCCAAAAUGCUUGGGACCAGAUGUCUUUCAGUUUUUGACUUUAGAAUAUUUGCAUAUGCAUAAUGAGAUACAUUGGGGGUGUAACCCAAAUGUUUAUAAACACGAAAUUCAUUUAUGUUAUAUAAUGAAUGUUAUAUAACCUAAAGAUAGUUGUAUACAAAAUUUUUAGUAUGUAUAUUGAUUUGUUUUGUUUCACUUUGUUUUGCAUGUUUGUUUUCAUUUUUUCUGAAAGAGAUCCAUUUGCUGAUUUAUUCCCUAAAUGCCUGCCAUAGCCAGGUUAGACCAGGCCGAGGCCAAGAGCCAGAGCUCAGGGUCACCCACGUAGGACAGGGACUCAAGCGCUGGAGCCGUGACCUGCUGCCCCCCAGGGCGUGCGUUUCCAGGAGGCUGGGUCAGAGGCAGAGGAGCCACUCAGACUUGGCACUUCCAUCUGGAAUGUAGGCAUCCAAGCAGCGUCUUAACCACUGUGCCGAAUGCUUGCCCCACUACACGUGCAUUUUGACGGUACCAGGCCACAUGAGGUCAGGUGUGGAUUUUCUACUUGGGGUAUCCUGCUGGCACUCAAAGAGUUUCAGAGUUUUAAGCAUUUCAGGUGUUCUGAUUAGAGAUACUCAAGCUGUACAAUCAAUUCCUAAAUUGUUACAUACCACGCAGGAUUGAGUUUGCCUGGUGUAUAACUUGCCUUUUCAGAGUUUUGGACUGCCCUUUAGUUUUAACAAAUUCCCUAUAUUAUGUGAAUCACUUAGGAAAUGUUUCCCUUUUAAGUCUCUUCAUAUUGCUUGUAAGAGCGAGGGUAUCCAGUGUAAACUGAAACAUAUGUGUUUAUGAAUACUUGUAUAACCUUGUGUGUUUUGAUUACUCACAAUCCCCCAAAGGACUCUUAUUUGUUGUUGAUAGUUAUGUGGACAUUUUAGCUGUUACAGUUCCAGCAUUUGAGUUCAAAUGAACAUUUGUUGAGGGGUCCCUUUUGGUAAGCAGUGGUUGUAAAAAGAAGAGUAAGACAUGGUCCAUGCUCCCAAAAGCCUGUUGGUGGUGGUCAAGUUCUCGGAUAAUUAUUUUAUUUGUGCAACACUAGGAUUGAGGGAACAUCUGAAAGCUACUGUCUUGGAAGUUUUUCUAAAAUAUUUAAAAAUACCUGAAUCACUGCAAUCUGUGUGGAUAAAAAAAAUGAUGUAAAAGUCUUAAAGAAUGAUUAUCUAAUUUUAUAAUAUGUUCUUUUUGAAAAAACCUUUCUGACAAUCAGCUUGUGUUUUAUACAUUUCCAACUUUUUACCUGAAGUGCUUCUUUAGUCUUUUGGAAAAUAUCCUACAUAGUACUGGCCUCCAAACUCUCAAAGUGAAUUUUUGUUGUAAGAUAAAUGAUCUUAACGCUAUAAGACUGUAAGGUACGAUACACAGCCUUAUUUUUUUUUCCUAUAACUUCAGCAGCACUGUGUAGUCCAGUUAUAUACUUGAGGAUGCUACAUUUUGAUGUCUGUGAAGUUAAUAUUGGUAAGCAGUCUCUACCAGCAUCAGACUAUAUUUUAAUAGAUACAUUUUACAGUGUAUGAAAAAACUCAAAUUCUAAUAAAGGUUAUCUAACAACA